CUUUGCCACUGCGUCGGAAAUAAAACCCAUAGCCACACCUUCCUCUUACAUAUCCUCUCUUCUUCGUCAAUCUUUCAUCCCUGCCUCUCUGGUCUCUCUCUCUCUCUCUCUCUCUCUCUCUCGAAUCUCUCUCGAAUCUCUACUCUUUCAGCGCCGUUUUUUGGCCGUCACAGUCCAGGUUUCGGUUCGUUGAUCCCGGCGGGCUAUGAUUGGACCACGUCCUGGACGUUCAUGAGUGGACUCUGCUUCAACUCACGUCGAUUUCUCCUCCGAUUUGGGUUUCUGGUCCGAGGGACGUUAGGGUUUUUACUCUGAUUGGGGUUUUCUUCAAUCGGAUUUCGCAUCUGCGUUAGUCUAAGUCGUGGCUGCUGAUUUCGCAAAGGGCCAAGUCAAAAUGGGUCAAAAGAUUUGCAUGAACGCGUCCUGCGCGACGACCACCACCGUCGAAUGGAAGAAAGGUUGGCCUCUUCGAACUGGCGGUUUCGCCGAUCUCUGCUUUCGUUGCGGAUCCGCCUACGAGAGUUCACUCUUCUGCGAUACGUUCCAUAAGGAGCAAUCUGGUUGGAGGGAAUGCUAUAUGUGCCAUAAGCUCCUUCACUGUGGAUGCAUCGCUUCCAAGCUCAUGGUUGAUCUCCUCGACUUUGGGGGAAUCGGCUGCACUUCCUGCACUAACUGCUGCCAUAACAGUAGCUUGACUGAGAGAAGCAAAAACCAGGGCUUACUUGGCAGAUUGACUAUGAUGGUCGCCGACAGACAAACCCUUAAUGGCGAAAGUGGGGUUCUGGGUAAUGACAAUGACAGUGAGGCUAAUGAACCUAGCCUCUUUCCUCAGCCUCAGUCUGGGACACAGAGAGGCGAUCCUCAAAUGAUCCAUGGCGGAGACAAGAGAGAUGAGUUCAUGACUCAGCCAGGGAGUACUGUGUCUGUUAUGGACACCGGAGAUAUGCAAGAACCGCUUUCGCAGCCGUCUUUGAGUAUGUCUUUGGCAGUAACUCCCUCUGGACCAUCCUCCUUCCCAAGUGGGUUCGUCGAGGGAAAGAUGCACAUCCUCAACCACUCCACCAUUGUCAUGAAACCCAGCCCUGCCGAAGGGCGUGGGAGAAACCUUUUGCUUUCUCGCUAUUGCCCGAGAAUUACUGAUCAAGAACUCCAGCAGAUCUCUGGGAACUUGAAUUCGAAAAUCGUUCCUCUCUUUGAGAAGAUUCUCAGCGCAAGCGAUGCCGGUCGCAUCGGACGUCUAGUUCUUCCAAAGGCAUGUGCCGAGGCAUAUUUCCCAUCCAUCGAUCAACCAGAAGGCACUUGUAUGAAAAUCCAGGAUGUGAAGGGCAAAGAAUGGACGUUCCAGUUCAGGUUUUGGCCCAACAACAACAGUAGGAUGUACGUCUUAGAAGGUGUCACCCCUUGCAUGCAGUCCAUGAAACUGAAAGCUGGGGAUACCGUAACGUUCAGUCGGAUAGAUCCCGGCGGCAAACUAGUUAUGGGUUGCAGGAAGACAGCUAGUGGUAGAGAGCAGCAGGGUUCUGGUCUCAAACAUACAUCAUGGUCCGGUGUUACAGAGAUCCCGUCCUCCAUGAACUGUUCCUCGUGUCCACUACAAAUGCCGGAAGAAGUGGAAGGUCUUCCUGAACAUAUGAUCAUCUUGCAGAAAAGAGAGAGUAACGGAAGAGGGAUAGCCGACGACGAGUCAUCGAGGAUCAAAGAGGAGAAAUGGACUCGAAACAUCGGGACGAAAAAUAAGAGAUUGCUUUUGCUUAAUGAAGAAGCUAUGGAGCUGAGGCUCACAUGGGAAGAAGCUCAAGAUUUGCUUUGUCCCCCUCCCACCGCAAAUCCUACCAUCGUCACCGUUGAGGAGCACCGAUUUGAAGAAUAUGAUGAACCCCCUGUCUUUGGGAAGAAGACGGUAUUCACUUCACGGCCUUCUGGUGGACAUGAACAAUGGGCACAGUGUGACAAUUGCUCUAAAUGGAGAAGGUUACCGGUAGAUGCCCUUCUUCCUUCGAGGUGGACAUGUUCAUACAAUGUCUGGGACGUGGGCAGGUGUUUAUGUUCUGCGGCGGAGGAGAAUCUAAACGAACUGGACAGUUUUCUCAGACUAGGGACGGAGUCCAAGAAGCAGAGAACUGGGGAAAGCUGGAAAGAAGGGACAGAGCAAGAAGAAGGGUCGGGUAUGGAUGAGGUGGCCGGAGGAGUGGUCAAAGGAGACAGCUCAGGUGAAAACGGAGAUGGCCCGGAGGAGGAGGAGGAGGUGGCGGCCACGACCAGACAUCCAAGGCACAGGCCGGGGUGCAGUUGCAUAGUGUGCAUCCAGCCGCCGAGUGGGAGAGGGAGGCACGAGCCGGGCUGCAGCUGUAACGUGUGUGUGGCGGUCAAGAGGAGGUUCAGGACACUUAUGCUGAGGAAGAGGAAGAAACAGUUGGAACGUGAAGGAGGGGCUGAGGAGAACCACGACAUUAACGAUAAUAACGGGGAGACAGUAGGGAUAGAUCUGAACAGCGAUCCUUACAACAACAGAGGAGAAGAGAUGCUACUUUAGGACAUGAGAAAACACAAAAUGAAAGACAAAUAGAAGGAGCGAAUGACAAAGGGUCUAGUCUCUGUUACUUUUGUGUCUACUAUUUUUGUUCACUGAGGAUAUCAAAAGAAGGGAAGAAGAUUCACAGUUUUUGUUCUUGAGGUUGUACGGAUUGGGUUUUAUAUAUAAUCCCAUCUUUUUUAUAUUA